GACAGCUGGGAUAUGUGACGUUAAAGAAGACCGUCAAGCGGACACUUCGAAUGAACAUCCAAUCAUAGAAGUCAAGACAGAGCCUUAUGACGUGGCCGUCUUGACAGAACAGGACCAGAUGGGACACAACUGUGAUUCAAGAUCAGAAGCAGCAAGAGAGAGUCCCACUACUCCUCCAUCGGAUGCUCAGAUGGGAGAGACGGGUAUUGGGUGCGACAUCUGUUCCUCUGUUCCUGGGUUCUCAUGGUCUGGGAGUGACGAGAACCACGUGUCGAAGCAUACAGACGAGAAGCCAUGCAAGUCCAAUCUCUGUUCUGCACAGUUCCGGCGGAGCACGAGCCCAUGGUGUCACAAGCGAGCACAUACGGGCAAGAAGCCGCACAAGAGUGAUCUCCGCCUUGCGGAGUUCAGCCAGAUUGCGCACCUGCAGCUGCAGAAACGAGCACACACAGACAAAAACCGAUACAAGUGUGAUGUCUGCCCUGCGCAGUUCAGCCAGAGCCGCCACCUACAGUAUCACAGGCGGACACACACGGGCGAGAAGCCAUACAAGUGCGAUGUCUGCCCUACAGAGUUCAGCACGAGUGUCCAGCUACAGUAUCACAGGCGGACACACACGGGUGCGAAGCCAUACAAGUGCGAUGUCUGCCCUGCAGAGUUCAGCCAGAGCGGGAACCUACACCAGCACAAGCGGGCACACACGGGCGAGAAGCCAUACAAGUGCGAUGUCUGCCCUGCAGAGUUCAGCAGGAGCGGGAACCUACAGCGGCACAAGCAUACACAUACGGGCGAAAAGCCGUACAAGUGCAAUGUCUGCCCUGCACAGUUCAGCACGAGUGUCCAGCUACAGUAUCACAGGCGGACACACACGGGUGAGAAGCCAUACAAGUGCGAUGUCUGCGCGGCAGGGUUCAGCCGGAGUGGGAGCCUACAGCGUCACAGCCGGACACACACGGGUGAGAAGCCAUACAAGUGUGAUGUCUGCCCUGCAGAGUUCAGCCAGAGUGGGAACCUACACCAGCACAAGAGGACACACACGGGCGAGAAGCCAUACAAGUGCGUUGUCUGCGCAGCAGGGUUCAGCCGGAGUGGGAGCCUACAGUAUCACAGGCGGACACACACGGGUGAGAAGCCAUACAAGUGCGAUGUCUGCCCUGCAGAGUUCAGACAGAGCGGGAACCUACACGAGCACAAGCUGACACACACGGGCGAGAAGCCGUACAAGUGCGAUGUCUGCCCUGCACAGUUCAGCACGAGUCUCCAGCUACGGUAUCACAGGCGGACACACACGGGUGCGAAGCCAUACAAGUGUGAUGUCUGCCCUGCAGAGUUCAGCCAGAGCGGGAACCUACACCAGCACAAGUGGACACACACGGGUGAGAAGCCGUACAAGUGCGAUGUCUGCCCUGCACAGUUCAACACGAGUGUCCACCUACAGUAUCACAGGCGGACACACACAGGCGAGAAGCCAUACAAGUGCGAUGUCUGCCCUGCAGAGUUCAGCCAGAGCGGGAACCUACUCCAGCACAAGCGUACACAUACGGGCGAAAAGCCAUACAAGUGCGAUGUCUGCCCUGCAGAGUUCAGCCAGAGCGGGAACCUACACCAGCACAAGCAUACACAUACGGGCGAAAAGCCAUACAAGUGCGAUGUCUGCCCUGCAGAGUUCAGCCAGAGCGGGAACCUACACCAGCACAAGUGGACACACACACACGGACGGGCGAGGAGCCAUACAAGUGCGAUGUUUAUCCUGCCGAGUUGAGCAAGAGCACGAAGCUGUGGAACCACAAGUGCAGGCACGAGGGCGAGAAGCCAUACAAGCGCGAUGUCUCUCCUGCAGACUUCAGCCAGAACUCAAGUACGUCUUUUUACGAGGGAAAACGCACGUGUAAGAAGCUGUACGAGUGCAGUCCCCUCUCUUGCAAAGUUCAGCCAUGGCAAUGAUCUUGCGGCACUAUGUGCAGGGGAGAAGCCAUACACAAGUGCCAUGUCUAACGUGCAGAGUCCAGCCAGAACACAAAUCUGAACAAUUAUAAAUGCGCACACACGGGCCAGAAGCCAUACAGGUGCGAGUUCUGACCUGCAGGGUCACCCACAGAACGAAUUGCGAUGUCACAAGCAGACACAUAUGACAGAGGAUCCCUACAAGUGGGAUGUGCGUCUUGCAGAGUUCAGCCACAGCGUGGGCCUGUGGCAUCACAAGUAGACACAGACAGAUA